GCGCGCGCGUCAGGAAGGUUAGGAAGUACUACGAUGACGACUCGACGUUCUGGGACCUCGCAGUGUUGACGAUCGUGACCACGGUGUUCGAUUUCCAUCUCUUGUAUCCAGUAUUGGGUGACAACGCUGCCGUGAACUUGACAGAGCGCCAGUCGAAAUUCUCGAAGACAGACAUCUUAUUAGAUCGGAAUGGUUCUCGCAUCGGCGCUUGUUUGUUCGAGUUCAAGCGGCUGCUCGGGCCGUGCUGGUCGCAGGAUAGCCCUACCCGAAUGCCAUGGUCAAUACUUGAUGUCGUCGGUGCUCCAUUGACAGAUGAUGACUUCAUGAAGCGAUCGAGGGGGUCAAUACUGCGAUUGGCGACUUCGGCGUUCAGACGAUACGAGGUGAAGUACUCGACGUGGCCGUACAAAAUGUACAGGAUGAUCGACAGCGGAGUUCCCGAUGCCGAGAAGGAGCGCGUCGCCCAGAGCCUCCUGGACGCGUCGAGGAAUGAGCUUGACAUCUACAGCUUCGGCAUCCGCUCCCAGUUUGACACGGUGCCCAUGCUGCUGAGUUCCCGAUGCAGAUCCAUCUUGGCAGCCGACUUCAAGAACCAUCCCCACGACAUUGCGAACAUCGAGCGCACGAACUCGGAGCUGGCGGCCUACCACAGGAAGAGGGCCCCUGGGAGGAGCUCAGUACACGUUGCGCGUGAGCAGAUGGUACGCGAGGCGCUCCACGUUCACCUGGAUCGGAACGGCUUCCACCCGUUGUCGCCGAGCUCCCUUGCCAACUUGCCAGCCGAGGAGUCUGUGGAGCUGACGCCGUUCAUCUGCAAGGACGGCGGCAACAGCGGCCCCUUGCUGUUCGCCAUGCAGGGCGCGUCUUCAAGCCAGCCGCUCGCGCUUGGGGACGCGUCAGAUGCGCCGAGUUCGUCCUCAGCGCCAGCUUCGCGCCCUACUUCUCACGAGAACGAGGUUUUCAUGGCGCCCGUGGUCGUGCGGCGACCCAACCCAGCCCUGCUUGCAGCGCCCGCUGGACAGGCGGCCAGCUCGAGAGCAGACGCCGCGGGCCCCCCCCGACGGCGCGUCGGCCUGAACCCUUUCAUGCUUGCACGGAACAAGUACUUGCAGUCGGUCAAGAUGGCAAAAGGCAGAACGCUGACUUGCGAAGAGCUCACAUCCGCCAAGGAGAAGUUCAGGGCAGACUGGGCUGAGCGCGGGAAGCGCGAUGGUGGCCACGACCUGGAUCGCAGCGUCUACGACGAGUGGAGGGAUGACCCCCCAGAUGAUCCUGGCAAGCAGAGCGGCCAAGUUAAACAGUAUCGUGCAUCUUGGAACUGCGGUUGCCAGGCUUCGCCCAUCAGCAAGCAGGAGUUCCACCGCCACGUCGUUCAGCAUGGCUGGCCGAGCGACGGCGUCAUCUGCGAUGGCGGUGCUUCCAACCACGUUUUCAAGCCUGACGAGACGGUGAAUUUUGAUGAGUGGAAGGAGUACGAGUUUUGGGGCGUCGGGCGGUUAGCUCGGAACGUCAGCAGGGACGACGUUGGCGACGUGGUCAAGUUUGAGCGCGUAGAGAAGCACAUAUUCUCUCAUAUCAGCAAUCUGGGUAAGGAGAAGGCCGACGACGGCACCGAGCUCAUCAUGAUAGAGGGCGACACGUUGACCGAGCCAGUCUCCAAGCAACGCUUCUUUGCCUUCAUCACUGGCACUUGCUACAAUCCAAAGAUCUUUGAUGUUACGAACUGCGGCUUCCACGAGGAUGAUGCGGAUCUCUACGCGGCGCCUGAGUUGCUAUGUCCGUGCCUGGUGGGGAUCCUUACGAGGACUUGCAGGAUUUCGGAUCAGUUUGAAGUCUUGGAUUGCCAGACCUCGGACGAGUUCAUUCUGAAGAUUGUCAGGGCUUUGCGGAGCGCUUCGCUGUAUAGCUUGGAGUACUUCGCAUAUGCUGGGUUCGACAGCAGUUUGAUGUGGUCUCAGGUCGAUGGCAAGAAGUUCAUCAGCAAGAUCUUCGUGCCUGAGCGCUCUUGGCCUCCGCCGUCGCGAGAGCGCGGUCAGAAGCGCAAGUCCGCGAUCGCCAAGCUGGUGACAGGGGACCCCUUCGACGAACAGAUGCCAGCUGCAGGCGCUGCCCAGGGCAUGCGCAACGGGCGCGGCAGCGGCGGCCGCGGCGGCGGCCGCGGGAGGCGCGGCCCACUGGCCUCUGGCAGCGCCGUCGGCACUGGCGGCGAGCAGGGCGAGGAGGCGGCGCAGUUGGACAAGGGGCUGGCGCAGGGGGCUGGCUCCGAGGCGGCGCAGCAGGAGACGGCGGAGCGGGGCCACUUCGAGCAUCUAGACUUGGAUUGCGGCUCCGCGGAAUCGAGUCUCUUCGGUGACGAUGGUUUCGACGGGGGCCUCUUCGAGGACGCCGAGUUCGAGCGCCCGCUGGUGCCGCCGCCGCCCUCUUCGGCGGCCGAGAGCGCGCUCGUCGGGCGCGGCCUCGACAUCGAUGACGGCGAGCUCAAGCCUGCAGUUGUCGAGGAGCUCGCGGUGGGCCUCGGAGCUGCAGCCGACGAGGCUGGUGCUGGCAACGAGGGCGAUGGCGGCGGCAGCGGCGUCGGGCGUCCUGAGCUCGCUGGCGGCGCAUGCGCGGCUGGCCAUCCGCCCCCGCCACCCGAGCCGUGGGAGGAGGUCGGGCCUCCUAGUGAGGCAGGGUACCUCUACCGUGGCACGAAGAUGGUCGGCCGCCUCGUCAAGAACAAGACGAAAGGUGGUGUUCACGUCACGUGCUAUAUGCACACGCGGUGCAAUUUGAUGAUCGGCGAUCGCUUGUACCCAGGCGACGACUGCAUCAAACGGUGGCUUUUCGAGGUAGAGCCCACCUUGCCGACUGCCACCGCCGAAGAGCGCAAGGAGCUCACUGCGCGGCACCUGCGCCUGGCAAAGGACAGGUGGCAGACGGCUCGGGGCCGCGCCACGAAGUAA